AAGAACAACAACCCUGAAAUUGAAAUCGGAAUUCCUUCAAACCAUCAAAAUUGUCAGCAACCCUUGCGCAGGAAUCACCUGAAAAAACAUCCCAAUUUGCCCCAUGGAUUUCAAUUGCGCAUCUCCUAAAACUAUCCUAGUGUUCUCUACUUUUUCCUCUCCCAUAGACAGUUCUCCUCCAGAUUCCACAUCGACCAGGAACAAGAAGCCCAUAAGCCUAUGGCCCGGAAUGUACCAUUCACCGGUGACUAAUGCUUUAUGGGAAGCAAGGUCCAAUAUAUUCGAGCGACUCCUUGACCCACCAAAAGAUGCGCCCCCACAGAGCGAAUUACUCACAAGAACUCCCUCUCAAAGCAGGACCAGCAUCUUCUAUAACUUGUCAUCUGAUUAUAUCUUGAGGGAACAGUAUAGGGAUCCCUGGAAUGAAGUUAGAAUCGGGAAAUUGCUUGAAGACCUUGAUGCUUUAGCUGGGGCUAUCUCUGUCAAGCAUUGUUCGGAUGAUGAUAGCACAACAAGGCCUCUCUUGCUCGUAACAGCUGCUGUUGACAAGAUUGUUUUGAAGAAGGCUAUUAGUGUUGAUAUUGAUCUGAAAAUUGUUGGUUCUGUUAUAUGGGUUGGGACAUCAUCGAUUGAGAUUCAACUAGAAGUCAUUCAAUCCAAAAAUAAAAACCCAGAUGGUUCAGAUUCAGUAGCUCUAACAGCUAACUUCAUCUUCGUGGCCCGUGACUCUGAGACCGGGAAAGCUGCUGCUGUUAACCGGCUUUCACCAGAAACCGAACACGAGAAGCUUCUUUUCGAAGAAGCUGAAGCUAGAAGCAAAUUGAGAAAAAAGAAAAGAGUAGGUAGAAGAGAAUUUGGCAAUGAGGAGAUAAAGAGACUGGAAGUGUUUUUGGCUGAGGGCCGAAUCUUCUGUGAUAUGCCUGCAUUAGCAGAUAGAGACAGCAUUCUUUUAAAGGAUACCCGUCUUGAAAAUGCUUUGAUCUGCCAACCACAGCAGAGGAACAUCCAUGGUCGAAUUUUCGGAGGUUUCUUAAUGCAUCGGGCCUUUGAGUUAGCUUUCUCAACAGCUUAUGCCUUUGCCGGAUUGGUGCCUUACUUUUUAGAAGUUGAUCAUGUUGAUUUCUUAAGGCCUGUUGAUGUAGGCAACUUCCUUCGAUUGACAUCCUGUGUUCUGUACACUGAACUCGAGAAUCCAGAUCAACCUUUAAUUAACGUCGAAGUUGUUGCUCAUGUUACGAGGCCUGAGAUUAGAUCUAGUGAGGUAUCAAAUACAUUUCAUUUCUCAUUCACUGUCCGGCCGGAGGCAAAGGCCGAGAAGAACGGAUUUAAGAUUCGAAAAGUAGUUCCUGCAACGGAGGAAGAAGCACGUCGUAUUCUAGAAAGCAUGGAUGCUGACAUGCUGAGACAAUAAAACCAGUGAAGCAAAAGCGAUCAACACCACUUACUAAUAUAAGCAAUAUUAUGGUAUUAGUAAUGUGAAAAUAAUAUUUGAAACAAAUUAUUGUGGCCUGCUAUAAAUUUACAGGCAUGAAUCUGAUGAAUGUAAGAAUUCUCCUUGAAGAAUCAUUA